UAGAGGCCAGAAACGACACAUUUUAUAUCUAUUAACCAAGCACGCCUGUUAUAAAACAUGUCGGAUAAACUAGACAUUAUAAUAUUCGGGGUUACCGGUUAUACAGGACUUAGAACAAUACCCUAUCUUACAAAUGUAAUACAUCAGUACAAUUUGUCUCUGUCAUGGGGUGUCGCUGGAAGAUCAGAGGUGAAAAUUAAAAAAAUGUUGAAAGAGUUUGGUCAGAGCAAAGGUGUUAAUUAUGAUAAUGUUCCAAUCAUAAUUGCGGAUAUAAACGAUGAGAAUUCAUUAAAGAACAUGACUUCUCAAGCAAGAAUUGUUCUAAAUGCAACUGGACCUUACUACCUUUAUGGAGAACAGGUAGUUAAGGCUUGUUUAGCAAGCGGUACUCACCACGUAGAUCUUAGUGGAGAGUCGUUAUACACUGAAAAAAUGCAGUUAUUGUAUCAUGAAGAGGCGAAAUCUAAAGGAAUUUAUAUUAUAAGUGCCUGUGGAUUAGAUAGUAUUCCGGUAGAUAUGGGAAUUGUGUUUCUAAAAAAUAAUUUUCAAGGUACAUUAAAUUCAGUAGAAACCUACACUUAUUUAGAAACAGAAAGUAGCACUAAAGAACCUCUAUUAAAUGUAGGCACUUACAAUUCUGUAAUAUACGCGUUGGCAAAUUUCUUUCAAACCGAAAGUCAACGUAAAAAACUGUUUCAUACAGAACUUCCAACUACAGAACCGAAAAUUUGCACAAAACUUAUCCAUAAAAGUGAUUUAAUUAAUAAAUGGUGUACACUACAACCAGACCCUGAUGCCGCCGUCGCAAGAAGAUCGCAACAUUUCUUUUAUGAUUUAUACAAUGAACGACCCAUCCAAGUUAAUUGUUAUUUAGGUCUAAAUUCAUUUUGGUAUUUGCUAAAAGCCAUGUUUCUUGGAUUUUGGAUUAUUAUAUUCAGUCAAUUUAAUCGUACACGAAAUUUAUUAUUCAAAUAUCCAAGUUCAUUUAGUAAUGGUUUGUUUACUCACGAGGGGCCAAGUGAAGAAAGACAAGAAGGUACAGUGGUGAAUGUAAAACUACGUGGAAAAGGAUGGUGGGGAAUGUCACAAAACACAGUUGCCCUGAUUGAUUCUGCACCAAAUAAAGAAAUAAUUGCUAAAGUAUCUGGAAGAAAUCCAGGUUAUGGACUAUCUUGUGCUACUUUUGCUAUUUCUGCAAUAACGAUUCUUACUGAAUCAGACAAAAUGCCCUCAACGGGAGGUGUUUAUCCACCAGGUGUAGCGUUUGCCCAAACAACUAUGAUUGAGAAAUUACAUCUAAAUGGAGUUAAAUUUGAAUUGAUUUCUAAAAAUUAAUUGUACCAGAUUUUCCUUAGGAUUAAGAUUUAAGAUGGAGUGUUUAUUAUUAAGAUUCUAAAGGUUAAAUUCUCUAGAUUGGUUGUAAAUUAGGGUAUAUUAGUAUUUUUUAUAUCAUGUACUUCAUAAAUAAUCUAAAAAUAAAUAAAUAUUAAAAUUUAA